UAGUCAACUUUGUUUAGGCUGACAGUUUUAUGCCUAUGUUAAGUUAUUUUAUGUGCAUCACAGAUAGAAUAUGCCUUUUUGGCUUUUCAGUCAGUUUUAUCUGCAAGCUUGAGCUCCAUUAUAAUCAAAUUCCCAUCUACUUAUGUUACAGGCCAGAGAUGGGCCUUUUAGUAUUUCUAUAUGUUUAGAUCCAUAUUCAAGUUACCAAUGCGACGCUGUUAUCUAUAAUUCAUCCAUAAAAGUAAAUAUAUUUCUAGCCUAGAGUGUUUUGGACUCCAACCUGGCAACACGGAGAGAGAGAGCAAAUCUGCAAACUUAGCUGGAAGAGAGACCAUCACAUCACGGAAACCGUACGGUCCACUCUCAGAUGGAUUUCAUACAGGCCAUACGCUUAUUGUUACACCUUGUUGGGUAGUUUUCUUUUUUUUGGGGGGUCGUUUGUAACACUGCUAUGGGACGCAGCUCCCAGUCUCCAGAUGCUGACUGUGGUUGAUGUCGAGUUUGUCCUCUGAAAAUGUUUUGGAAAUUUAAGUUUUCCAGAGAUUGGAGGCGACAGCUGAGCAGAAGUUUUACCGGAGCGGGAGCAGUGUGAUGUAUUCUUUUCCGUCGGAACAUUUUCUCUGUAAAACACACAGCUGUCUGACGUGACCGUGUUUGUUUUUUAACUACCUGGAAAGUAUCCACUUGUGUGUGUGCGCGCGCUUUAAUUUUCCACUGAAGAAGAAGAGACCCUGUAACCUGGGGGGUCAGCCCCGCCAUGGCGCCCCCACCCCACACACACACACACUCCCCGGUGUGUCGGUCUGACUGAGGGCACUGAUGGACGUGAACCAAUCCUGGAUGCACUGCGUCAUCUCUACCGCGAGACACAGGUGACCGGAGUCAGCUGCACGCGGGAGAAGCCCCGACUUGUCCUGACGAAGGUCGUCAAGGCAACAGGCUGGUUGGUUUCCACAAGUUUCUGAGGACUGAUUUGGAGACCACGCACGCAAACAUCGCCACAAUGAAUGAGCGGCAGGCUCUCCACUCCAUAAUGAAGGACCUGGUCGCCCUCCAAAUGACACGACGCCAGCCUCUGUCGUCAUAUGACAGCGGCAAACCCAAGACGCCGGCCCAGGCCAAGAGACAGGACGAUGUCAGGAUAAAGUUUGAGUUCUCAGGAGAAAGAAGGAUUCUGAUGUUCGGACGACCUGUGCAGUUUGAGGAAAUCCAGCAGAAGGUCAAGGCUGUCUUUGGCCAGCAGCUAGACCUGAAUUACAUGAACAACGAGUUGUCCAUCCCUCUGCGAGGUCAGGACGACCUGGACAAGGCAAUCGACCUGCUCGACCGAAGCUCCAACAUGAAGAGCAUAAGGAUCCUGCUGCUAACACAGGAGCAUAGCAAUGCCUCCUCCCCCUCCCAUCAUGUGCCGUGUAGUAAACAGGUGAGGAUUAAGCCCUCCCAGUCCACUGGAGACGUCAGCACUGUGUACCAAUCCUCCGAGCCCAGGGGACGCCACCUAUCCACUGGUUCUCAGAACACGGGGCGUAGCUCGCCGCCGCCUGGCUAUGUGCCUGAACGCCAGCAGAGGAUUGCCCGCCAAGGUUCAUACACCAGCAUCAACAGUGAGGGGGAGUUCAUCCCCGAGACCAGCGAUCAGAGUGUGCUGGAUCCCUGGAGCAGUGCAGAAAACUCUGUAUCUGGAAGCUGUCAGUCGCUGGACAGCAAUUCAGACAGCCCCUCGAUGAGGAAGUCUCGCAUGCACAGAGCCAAGAGUUACCCCGAUAAUCGUCAGGAGUGCUCAGACAGGGAGAAUCAUGUGUAUGACCGGGUAGCAGGGAAAGGAGGCACCUAUCCCCGUAGGUACCAUGUCUCCCUGCAUCACAAGGACCUCAGCGAAGGCCGCCGAACGUUCCCCCGGAUACGUCGCCCUCAGGGGAACCUGUUCACUCUGGUGCCCUCGCGGCGGUCGCUCAAUGGUAGCGAAGAGAGUCUCGGCAGCUGGCAGCUUGUAGACGCUCAGGGCAGGCUCCGCCCCCAGGAUCGCUCUGUCGCGCACAAGUCGCCCAGUGCCCCGCUGACGUGGCGGCGGGGGAAGCUCCUCGGCCAGGGGGCGUUUGGUCGGGUGUAUCUGUGUUAUGAUGUGGAUACUGGGAGGGAGCUGGCUGCCAAGCAAGUCCAGUUUGAUCCCGAGAGCCCUGACACCAGCAAGGAGGUCAGCGCUUUAGAGUGCGAAAUCCAGCUGCUGAAAAAUCUGCACCAUGAGCGCAUUGUUCAGUACUACGGCUGUCUGAGGGACCGCAAUGAGAAGACCCUCACUAUUUUCAUGGAGUAUAUGCCGGGGGGUUCAGUCAAAGACCAGCUUAAAGCCUACGGGGCGCUGACAGAAAAUGUGACCCGGAAGUACACGAGGCAGAUCCUGGAGGGCAUGUCCUACCUGCACAGCAACAUGAUCGUACACAGGGACAUCAAAGGUGCCAACAUCCUUAGGGAUUCAGCGGGCAACGUGAAGCUGGGAGAUUUUGGAGCCAGCAAGAGGCUACAGACCAUCUGCAUGUCUGGGACCGGCAUCCGCUCAGUGACCGGCACCCCCUACUGGAUGAGCCCGGAGGUGAUCAGUGGAGAAGGCUAUGGCAGGAAGGCAGACGUGUGGAGCCUUGGUUGCACAGUGGUGGAGAUGCUGACCGAAAAGCCUCCGUGGGCUGAAUUCGAGGCCAUGGCCGCCAUCUUCAAGAUCGCCACGCAGCCUACAAACCCUCUGUUGCCCUCACACACGUCGGACCAGGCCCAGAACUUCAUCAGCUGCAUUUUUGUGGAGGCCAAACACAGGCCCAGUGCCGAGGAGCUGCUCAGACAUCCCUUCUCCCAGAUUCUGUGCUGAUAACCACAGACUCGCACAGUAGCCUCAGCAGCAUCUGUAGCUUCUUUGAACAUAUCCGUCACGGGAAUGUGGACAUGGAACUGGUCUAAAAGUCAGUGUUAAACCCACCCAAACCUCUGCAACCGUUCUAAUGCUUCAAGGAGAUAUCGCCUCCUUUUUGCCAACAAAACAAACUUCAGGCAUUUUGAAAACUGCAGGCAACAAUGCCUUGAAAACCAAUGCCAGUAAAUGCUCUCACCAGCAGGGGAAAACAAAACAGAGACUAAGCAUCUGCUGGGCUUCUGAUCUUAUGCCCUCCACUGCACACCAGUAAAGUAUCCCCUUCUUAGUUUACGUUCACCUGUCGGGGAGUUAUGCCAGGAAUCCCUUUAAGUGUUUGACAUUUAAACAUUAAGCUGAGCACCAAUUUAAAGCUACAGCCGGCCUAAAGCUCAAGUUUGCCCAGCGGAUGAGAAACACUGCUGGUGCACAACAGUGUUAACUGGACGCUAUGUGUGAUGUAGGCUGCAUUCCCAAAUAUGUGUUAGUGUAGAGCGAUGUCACACAUGCAGAGCAGCUACUCUGAAGUUUAAUGGUGGAACAAAGUUCAUCUGUUAAAAACAUUAAUAUUACACAGAGAACGACAGGUUUUGUUUUUUAGCCCUUUGGCAUUAAGACAUCAUUUUAUGGUAUAAAUGUAAUACAAACGCCUUCACUGAGAUCAUAACUGAUAGUGACUAUGAUAUGCUGCAACUUCUAACUCCAGUUUCUCUCUUCGUUUAUUACAAUUUCAUUAAAGUCAAAGCGAAUACAAAAAUAAUGAUCCAAUGAUCUUUGAAAUCUCAGGACAUUUAACAGCAAGUACAGCUGGACUAAAGUUAUUUAACAGCAGCUGCAGAGAAACCUCCUGGUUUAUUGAAUGGCAGAAAACAUCUGAUCCGUCUGUUGCUGUUUGUUAUUGCACCAUUUAAAGUUGGGCUCCCCAACUAAACUCCACCAUAACGUGAGCCUGCCAUUUAGCUGCCUUAGAGGAGUCGAGGGUGGAUCUUUCCUUCAUAUCCUCUCGUUCCUAUUCUUGCUUUAUCCUUCACUUCACUGUGACAUUUCCCUCUUCCGGGCUCCUGUUGUAGCUCUGCAGUGCUGCAGGUGUUCUCAGCUGACAAAGUGACGAAGAGGAGGAGACAAAAAACAGUAUGAAAGUGAAGCAAAUGAUACUUUUUAUGGUUUAAAAAUCCAACUUAAGGCCUUUAUUAAGGAGGGGUCUUAUCUUCAAGUGUGUCUGGACCCAACAUCCCUGACUGAGAAGCCUUAGCUUAAGGAUGGAUUUUAGAUCAGAUGCACUUUUAGGUGAAAUGAAUGUUUUGGAGUUUUUGUUCUCUUUACCAAAUUUUUGUUUUUUACUUCAAAUGUGAACAUUGUUUAAUUUUUAAUUUAUAUCCCCUCAACCGAUCCAGUUGGAUGUCAUAAGCAGAUGUAUACUAUGUAUGGAUUUAUUUUUUAUAUUUAGACCGUGUCAGAAUUGAAUGAUACUUCUGUCUUUGUUUUGUAGUUCAAAGUAAAUGGUUUUAAGCAGCUGGUUUUGCAGACAUUAGAGUAUAUGAUUUGUAAAUGGAACAUGGGUGGGAAAGGGACUCUGGCUGCACGUUGUUUUUUUCUUCCAGCUCUUAAAACAAUCUCCCACACAUUGUUAACAAUAUAUGGACGAAUGCAUUAGCUGACAGCUGACAGAGACUCUGCAUCAUUUGGCAGUACUGCUUCGACACAUCAGGGGAGUCUUAGAAAUAAAAAAUAAAAAACAUCAACCUAAAGGCUCAUUUCACAGAAGAAUCUGUUGGGAAUAUGUUAACGUGUGAUCGUAGGGUUACUGUAGUGAAAUUAAAGGGUGUGUGUGUGUGAGCCAAAGACGAGCAGGACAGUAGCCCGUGUCCAGUGUCAGAGUUCGCUUUUCAACCCAGGUGACGACUUUGUUUAUCCCAGGGUUCAGACACGAGUUCAGUAAUUAACAGUUUUGUGGGGAAAAGGGCUUACUGCUGCCUUAACGCUUAUACAAGAUCUCUCAAUGUGGCUGCUACAGGCUAAAGGCAGCUCAAUAAUGUUGCAAUAAUUAACUUUAAAGGGACGAAAGACAAAGAACCCUGUGGUAAGCAAAUGAAUAUAAGUUAGUUGUUUAGAGAUCUAUAUGUAAAUGUAUGAGUAUGUAUCAUGACAGGACUUGCAGUGCAAAGUCUGAUGUAUCGACUGUAUUAUACAGCAACAAAAGAAAAGAAUAGUAUGUUUAAAGACAGUGUCUUUUAUAUAUAUAUGUAUGUGUGUGAGUAUGUCACGCCCCUUUAUUAUGUAUGUCAUGCUAUUUGUUCAGAACAAAUAAAGUGUUUUUAAGAUA